AGCACUUUCAUUUAAUAAACAUCCAGCAAAGUAUAACCACUCGACUGGAACAGUUUAUAUUUUAAUGUUCUGUUAAAUGUGUUGUGAAGAUGGCAGACAGCAGCCCAUCAUCUAGAAAGUCUGAAAUCAAUAGAAGUCAAAGUCCACCUGAUGACCGUCCCAACCUGAGUGAUCUGAGGAUUGUCCUGUUGGGGAUGAGUAUGUUAGAAAACAACAAAGUGGGAAACCUAAUCUUAGGUAAAAAUUUGUUUGGAACGAAAACACCAUCAACUGAUGAAGAGCACAUUGAAAGAGUGGAGGACAGAAACAUCACCAUCAUUAGCACUGACCUGCUCAAAACAAACCUUACAAAAGCAGCAGCAACACAGAAAGCAUCAGAGCUGUCUAAUUUUAAUCCUGAUGUGAUCAUUCUGGUGCUGCAGCACAAUGAUUUCACACAGUUUCAUAAAGAUCGAAUAUCUUCAGUGCUGAUCGACAUGGACGAGCAGGCAAUGGGGCACACAAUGAUUCUGACUACUGAUGACAAGAAACACAGCAGUAAACUAUAUUCUGUGAAAGAAAAUAAACUUUUUCAGCAGUUAUCUGCAGAGUGUGGAGGAGGACGCCUUCAACUACUAAACACACAGCGCUCUGAUAUACUUCAGAAAGUAGAUGAAGUAAUCCCCCAUAGUCGUCAAGAGACACAACUGCAGUCAUCACUGGAUUUAGAGUACAAGAGAGAGCUGAGGAUUGUUCUUCUGGGAAAGGAUGUUUUAGAAAACAGCCGAGUCAGAAACUCAAUUCUGGGAACAGAUGUGGAUGAGAGUGAUCUAUAUACAUCUGUAGAGCAGCACGAUGGGCUGAAAAAAAGCGGAAUGGUGAAUGGCAUACAUGUGACGGUCAUUACCACUCUUUAUCUGCUUGAUCCAGACACUUCAGAUGAUCAGAUCACAAAGACAGUCAGAGAGUGUGCAGAAAUAUCUGAUCCAGGACCUCAUGUGUUUAUACUCGCACUACAGUACAAAGACUUCACAGAGGACGACGUAAUAAGAGUCAAACAUGUGCUCAGCAAAUUCAGUGAAGAAGCGAUUAACCACACCAUCAUCAUCAUGACUGAUAAAGAGACACACCACUCACACAUGAACACAGCUAUUUCCCAGUUAAUAAAUGUGUGCAGAGGAAGACAUUUGCUGCUUGAAGAGGGGAAACCAGAUUGGCCUGCUGAGAUCUUUAAUAAAAUUGAUAUGAUGCUGAAGUAUACCAAAGAUUACUAUGUCACUUGUGAGCUAUAUGAAGAUGCCAAAGAAGUGUCUGAGGAAGAAGAGCAGCGCAGAUCUUUGCGUUCAUCCAGAUCAGAAGUAAACAAGCAUCUUUCUUAUCACGAUGAUGAUGGAAAAUCCUUACAGAGCAAAAGAAGUGAAGAAACUUUAGUUGAUAUACGAGAGUGGAUUCGUACCAGCUUGCCAAAAUAUAUCUCUGGAAAACAGAAGCUGAAUCUGGUGCUGUGUGGAGGUAAUGGAUUGCUUAAAGUCUCAGUGUCCAAACUUUUACGAGGAAAACCGAUCAGUACAUCACACCAGAGAUCAAGCAGUGAAGAUUUUUAUAAGAAAGAGGAGAAGAUUGAUGGUCGUCAGGUCAGUCUGCUGGAGCUUCCAGCUCUCAGUCGUCUCUCAGAAGAUGAAGUGUCCAGUCAGACUCUCCACUGUGUGUCUCUCUGUCAUCCUGGAGUUCAUGCUUUCCUCAUCAUUGUUCCUGUUGGACUACUGACUGAUGGAGACAAACUGGAAGUAGAGAAGAUCCUGAAUAUAUUUAACACCAAGCAGCAUAUCAUAGUGAUAUUUAUCAGUGAUGGCACAAUUAAAAGUCCAGUGAGAGACUUCAAAUCCAACCCAGAAUUUCAGAGGCUGAUCAGUCAUUGUGGAGGUCUGUACUGUGUCAUGGGUCUAAAAGAACCUGCAAGGUCAAGACAGGUCCCAGAACUGCUGGAGUAUAUAGAGAAGAUGAAGACUAAAACAUAUUCGACUCAGAUGUAUGUAAAAGCUCAGGAGAACAGAGGCAGACGUGAAGCAGAGGAGAAAUAUAAAGAAGAAGUGAAGAGACUGGAGAAUAUAAUCAAAGAGCUUCAAGAGAAGGGUCAGUCAGGUGCUGAAUGUGAUGAUCUCCAGUGUCUGAGGAUUGUGCUGAUCGGGAGAACAGGAAGUGGAAAGAGCGCAACAGGAAACACUAUACUGGGAAGAAAUGAGUUUCACAGUCAAACGAGUGCAGAUUCAGUUACGACUGUUUGCAAGAAAGGAGUUGGAGAAGUUGAUGGUCGAUCUGUAGCUGUUGUUGAUACUCCAGGACUCUUCGACACAACUCUGCCAAAUGAUCAAGUGGUGGAAGAAAUAGUGAAGUGUGUUUCACUGUCAGCUCCUGGACCUCAUGUGUUUGUCAUUGUGUUGACUUUGUUAAGAUUCACCAAAGAGGAGACAGACACUGUAGACCUGAUCAAGAAGAUAUUUGGUACAAAAUCUGCUCAGUUCAGCAUCGUUCUGUUCACCAGAGGAGAUGAUCUCAAAGAUCAAUCUAUAGAGGAUUAUGUGAAGAGAAGCAAAUCUGCAGACCUGAAAAAACUGAUCAGAGAUUGUGGGAACAGAUUCCUGGUGUUUAAUAACAAUGAACAACAAGACAAAACUCAAGUGAUCCGGCUGUUAAAGAUUAUUGAAGAGGUGAAGAGUAAUAAUCAGGGUGGAUACUUCACUAAUGACAUGUUUGAGGAGGCAGAGAUGUCUAUUAAGAAGAAGAUGGAGGAAAUCAUGAAAGAGAGAGAAAGAGAGAUUCAGAAACAGAAAGAAGAGUUACAAGCCAAACAUGAGAUGGAGAUGAAGAGACUCGAGGAAGAAAAACAAAGAGCAGAGGAGGAGAAAAUAAAAAUGGAGAAUCAACUGAAAGAAAAAGAGAAAAAACUCAGAGAAGAGUUUGAAGAGAAGGAGAAAACAGAUCAGAAGCAGCGAGAGAUUGAAAACCAGAAACGGUUAGAAGAGGAAAAACAGCAGAGAGCUGAAUAUCAUCAGAGAAUAGAAGAAAUGAUGAGAGAGAUUGAGAAUCAGAAAUCACAGUAUGAACAACAGCAGAAAGAAAGAGAAGAAGAAGACAGAAAGAGAGAAGAAAAAUACAGACAAGACCAAGACAAGAUGAGAAACGAACAAGAGAAAACUAUAGAAGAAUUAAAGAGGAAACAAGAAGACGAAACUAAAAAGAGGGAUUUAGAAGAGAAGAGGAGGAAUGAAGAAGAAGAGGAGGAAAGACAGAGAUGGGAAAGAAAAAUAAAAGAAGCUGAAAAUGAGAGAAAAGAGAUUCAAGAGGAAAUUAAACAACAGCAGAGAGAAUGGGAGGAUGAGAUGAAGAGAAGGUUGAGAGAACGAGAGGAAGAAGAAAGAAAAAGAAAAGAGAAACACGAAGAACAACUAAGAGAAAAACAAGAAGAACUGGAGAAAAUGAGAAAGAGAUUUGAAAGAGAAAGAGAAGAAGAACAACAGAAGAUGGAGGAGGAGAGACUGAAACAGAGAAGAGAAAGAGAAGAAAAGGAGAGAGAAUAUGAGGAAAAGAGACAGGAGACAAAGAGACAUUAUGAACGACUGGAACGAGAGAGAAAAGAGGAGUGGGAGAGAAGAAAACAUGAAGAUGAAGAGAGACGAGAAGACGAGAGAAGGAGAUGGGAGAAAAUGUUGAAAGAUCUGAAAAGAGAGCAGGAAGAGGAGAAGGGUAGGAGAGAAGCAGAGGAGAAAGACAGACAAAAGAGAGAAGAGAAAGAUAGAGAGGAAAUGAAACAGAAACAUGAAGAGGAAAUGAAACAGAUAAAGAAGAAACAUGAAGUUGAGGCCAGAAGACAAGCAGAAGAACUGAAUGAUUUCAGAGAGAAAAAAGAGCAGCACAUUCAGGAGCUCAAAGAGAAGCUGGAGGCACAUCAGAAACAGCGGGAAAUUAUGGAAAAACUCUACCAGCUCCUACAGCUCCAGAAAUGGUAUCAGCAAAAUCUGAAAAAAGAUGUUGGGACAUUUCGUGAACGCCUGCAUGUGGAGAAAGUAGAUGAACUAAACAAGCUACAAGAAGAAGUUGAACGACAGCUUGAAGAACAGCGGAAAAAACCAGAUUGUGUAAUAAUGUAAUUUAUUAUUCAUAGCUAGCAAUAACCAUAAAUAAUUGUUUGUAAAACUAUGUUUGUAAGUAGGGGUGUAUUGAUAUUACAAACCGAACCGAAAUAUUGCGAUACACCAACGACGAUACAUAUUGCAAAACUCUCGUGGAGUACCGUGGUACUCUCAUGUCCCCUGCUGUCUAUUGUUGAGGUUGACAUCUCUAACUAACUGAACCAAUUUAAACAUCUUUAUUUAAUCACAUUUGAUUAAAUUGUAUUAGUAAUGAUGAGCUUUUGUUCUAAAUAUUAUAUUCUAAAGUUAGUAUUUUCCAAGUGCAUGUCAUGUGACUUGAGUGAGCAAUCACUCGUUACUACUGUAUACUUCACAUAGUAUUGAGAUUGCAGAUCCCCCAGACACAUUUAAGCUGUCUGUGUGGGAACAUUUUGGUUUUCAAGUGGAGUACAGGAAUGGAAUUUGUGUUGUAGACAAAGCACAUGCCUAUCUGUCAGAACUGUUACACGAAACUUACUUAUAGGGAAAAACAUUUAAAAAGUGUGGUAAUUUCACAAUGCGAGGGUGUAAGCAAAAGACUGAGAACAGAACAGCCAACAACAGUGAUUUAAUGUACAAAAGUGAAACCAGAAUAAUGCCCAAAUAUAUACAAAAAAGAGAAACAUUUACACUAAUAAACAUAAUAUAAUAAAGUAGCAAAUUCAAACAAAAUAUCAAACAAAAAAUAGUUUAACUCAGGAGUAAUGGGGCAAAAGCGAAGCCCAAAAAAAGUAAUAAAACAAUUCUAAUUGUAAAGGUGUUCAGCGCCGUGCGCCGUAUUCUUCCCUAUACUGAA